AUGGAAAGGAACAGAAGGAGGAAGGAUGAUGCUGGUGUUAUGACCAAAACGUUGGCUGGAAUCGCUGCAUUGACGUUCCUCGUCUCAUUCAUUUGCUCUUCGAACGGAAUCACUUUCACCCAUGUAGUUUCAACGAUCGAUGUGAUUCUGGAAGAAUCAGACUAUUAUAAAUUAACGAAAGAAUGGAUGGCUUCUUCUAUAGAUGCUACGUGGCAGGAAGUUUCGAUACCAUCGAGAAAAGCUGAACACAUUCAGGCGAUCAACCCAGAAGUUGAUGUUGCUGCCGGUGGUAAACACGUUUUCACAUCAGAACAGUUGCACUUUUUUGAUGGAACCAGAGACUCGAAACCAAUAUAUCUGGCGAUUUUGGGUCGUGUUUAUAACGUGGACGGAAAGAAAGAGUACUAUGGACCCGGAAAAUCGUAUCAUCACUUUGCUGGCCGUGAUGCAACGCGUGCAUUUACCACUGGAGAUUUUACAGAAAAUGGAUUAGUAGCCAGCACUCAUGGAUUGUCACACGAUGAAUUACUAUCUAUUCGUGAUUGGGUGUCAUUCUAUGAGAAAGAAUACCCUUUGGUUGGAGUUGUUGCUGAUCUUUAUUACGAUUCCGAUGGUCAACCAACUGCGGAACUCACUGAUGUGUUGGCACGAGUGGAAAAAGCGAACGAAUAUCGAAAAGCUCAAGCAGUAGAGAUCGAAGUAUUCCCACCAUGUAAUAGCGAAUAUAAUCAAAAUGGAGGACGCGUUUGGUGUUCGACAAAGAGUGGAGGUGUUGAACGACAAUGGGCUGGUGUUCCGAGAAAACUAAUCGAACCAACAACGAAGAAAUUCCGAUGUGCUUGUGUCAAAAACUUCGGACCAGGAGUAUCUGGAGCCGAAGAAGUGAAAGCAGCAAACAAUAGAGGGGAUCUCGAUCACCCGGAUUUGGAGCUCUUCCCUGAUUGCUCGCCGACAUCGAAUAGUUGCAAAAUUAGUUCAUAA